GUGUUCUCGCGUGGUCUGGCCGGGGGAGUAAACAGUCGCCAUUUGUGGAGCGCGCGCGGAUCAGAGAGGAGACGCAGAUCGAUCACCAAUAUAAUCAAUACCGCAGCGGUUCGGUCCGGAUCGGUGCGGGUUCUGACAGCGGAGGGUCCGACCGACAGCAGCGCGGCCGCGUCCCCGACAGCAGCGGAGCGUGCCGGGGUUAUUAGAGCCAGCAGCGCGGCUGGGCCUGGACUGGAGCUGCCUCGCUCUGCCUCACUCUGCCUCACUCUGCCUCGCUCUCUCACUCCCAGACAGACUCUGCCGCUCACUCCCGCCGCUGCUCCUAAAAUGAUCAUUGAAAACCUCGAUGCCUUGAAGACGUGGCUUUCCCGGACCCUCGAGCCCAUAUGCGACGCUGACCCAUCUGCCCUUGCUAAAUAUGUGGUUGCCUUGGUGAAGAAAGACAAGUCUGAGAAAGAACUGAAAGCACUAUGCAUAGACCAGUUGGAUGUAUUCCUCCAGAAAGAGACCCAAAUAUUUGUGGAUAAACUUUUUGAAGCUGUGAACACAAAGAGUUACCUACCUCAGCCUGAGCAGCCCAGCGCCGCGAGCCGGACAGACGGCCACCCACGGGCCGAAAAAGAUGAGCCGAAGAAAGAGGAGCAGCCCAGUCGAGAUGAGGAGAGGGAUAAGAAGUUCUCCAGAAGAGUGAACCACAGUCCUCAGUCCAGCUCUCGAUACAGCCGAGACAGCAGGAGGGUUGACGAGCGUAAGAAGGAUGAUCGGUCCAGAAAGAGAGAGUAUGACCGUAACCCACCCCGCAGAGACUCUUACCGGGACCGCUAUAACCGGCGGCGUGGACGCAGCCGGAGUUACAGCCGGAGCCGAAGCCGCAGCUGGAGCAAAGACCGUGCCCGCGAGCGAGAUAGAGACAGAGAGCGGGACAGGGACCGAGAGCGGGACCGAGAGAGAGAGCGCAGCAGGACACGGUCACGCAGCCGGUCCAGAACCAGGAGCAGAGAGAGGGAUUCUGGGAAGUCGAAGUAUGACCAUGAGCGUCCUGAGCGCCCAGAAGGAGGAGCUAGUGAGGGUUACGUGGCCACACCUCUUGCCACAGGCACUUCCUCUACGCACUUCCCAGUCCCCGCCCUCAGCAGCACCAUCACAGUCAUCGCCCCGACUCACCAUGGCAACAGCACCACGGAGAGCUGGUCCGACUUCCAUCAGGACCACCAUGCCCCCUAUGGGAGAGCGGCUCCGCCCCCGCGCAAACGCUGCCGAGACUACGAUGAGAAAGGGUUCUGCAUGCGGGGGGACAUGUGCCCAUUUGACCAUGGCAGUGACCCUGUGGUGGUGGAGGACGUAAACCUGCCCAGCAUCCUUCCCUUCCAAGCCCCACCUCUUCCUGUGGUCGACGGCCCACCUCCCCCUGGUCUGCCGCCCCCUCCUUCUCUCCUCACUCCUCCGCCGGUUAACCUGCGGCCCCCUGUGCCUCCGCCUGGCACGAUGCCCCCCAGCCUCCCACCUGUGGCAGGUCCUCCUCCUCCGCUUCCCGCGCUACAGCCUUCUGGAAUGGAUGCUCCUCCGAACUCCAUCACCAGCUCUGUUCCCACCAUCGUCACCUCAGGGGUCCGGCCUCCGCUCACACAACCUCCUCCACAUCUCAUCACCUCUGGGGGGCGCCCUCCCCUUCCCCAGCCUCCUCCUGCCCUCUACACCUCUGAUUCAUUUGAACCAGACGUUUAUAACCCAGAGGCUCCCAGUAUGACCUCGCGACCCAUGUACAGACACCGGGUUAACAUCCAACGGCCCAAUCUAAUUGGUCUCACCAUGGGGGAGGUGGACAUGCCCCCACGAGACAAAAUGUUGAACAGCAAUAGUGCGCGGAUUGUUCUGGAAUCAGACUCCAGGAAGAGGGGGCUGGGUCCACAUGAUGGGGGCAUGCCCUCAAAGAAACCUUGGUUUGAUAAACACAACUUCAACAAGCCCAACCAUCAUGGUUACCAUAAAAAAGUGCCAUUCUCUUUGCCAAAUACUAAACUGGCCAUCCGGCAGAUUCCCCCAGAGCUCAACAACAUCAGCAAACUCAAUGAGCACUUCAGCAAGUUUGGCACUAUAGUCAACCUCCAGGUUGCCUAUAACAAUGACCCAGAGGGGGCGCUGAUCCAGUUUGCAUCUCCAGAGGAGGCGAGGCGGGCUAUGCAGAGCACGGAAGCUGUUCUAAAUAACCGCUUCAUUAAAGUUCACUGGCACAGGGAGGAUGAACCGGGACCCACACACACGGUUCCGCCUAUGAGUGUCCAGCCACCCCAGCAGCCCGCAGUCACCACUCUGAAACAGUCUGUGAAGGACCGGCUGGGCCCCCUGCCCAUCGGAAACACAGAGCCUCUGCAGGACCCCAGCCACCCCUCACAGGACUCUGGAAAAUCAUCAGUGAAAGAACGACUGGACUUCUCGAAACCAGCAGCCUCUGCAGGAAAGGUCUUCUCCACCUCAACUGGACUUACUAAGACAUUUUAUAACCCAGCAGCGCUGAAGACGGGCCAGAAGGGGGUGCCGUUUGGGACUAUGCCUGAGGAAGCUCUGAAGAAGAAACAGGAGGCACUGAAGCUUCAGCAGGACGUGAGGAAGAAGAAGCAGGAGAUUCUAGAGAAGCACAUUGAGACCCAGAAAUUACUGAUCUCUAAGCUGGAGAAGAACAAGUGUAUGAAAGCGGAGGAUAAGGCUCAGAUCAUGCAGACGCUGACCACACUCACCAACAGCAUCAGCAAACUGCAGGAGGAGAUUAAAGGCAUCUCCAGCUCCAACACACUGCAGACCUGCAUCAAAACCAAGGCCCAGGCUCAGAAGGAGCUACUGGACACUGAGCUUGACCUGUACAAGAAAACCCAAGCUGGGGAGGACACAGCUCAGCUCAAACUCAAAUACACCCAGCUGCAGCUCGAGGCGGCCAAAAGGGGUCUCCUCACCUCAGGGCGUGGGAGGGGGGCCCAUGCCAGGGGCCGUGGGGGCCUCAGGGGCCGAGGACGGGGCUUUCGGGGCCGAGCGAGGGGCGUGCCCACUCAUGCUGUGGUGGACCAUCGGCCCAGAGCCCUGGAGAUCAGCGGCUUCACUGAAGCGGAUCGGGUCGACCUGCUGCCACACUUUGCACAAUUUGGAGAGAUUGAGGAUUGCCAGAUGGAAGACGGCAGUCUGAGUGCCAUCAUAACCUACAGAACCCGUGCAGAGGCAGAACAGGCGGCGGUCCACGGGAUGAGGCUGAACAACCAGGAGCUCCGUCUGUCCUGGCAUAAACCGGCUGCUUCCCAAGGCGCAGCGGACACUGAGGAGGUAGAGCCGGAGGAAGAGGAGUUCCAGGAGGAUUCUCUGGUGGACGACUCCCUCCUGCAGGACGACGACGAAGAGGAGGAGGAUAAUGAAUCUCGCUCCUGGCGCAGAUGAAGACGUCCGACCGUUGCUCCGCGCCCAGGCCACGCACCCAACAUGUCACGUCCUGCUUUUUUGUGUUUAGUUUUUUGUUUUAAAGCUUCUGUUUGCCGUUGGUAUUUUUAUCAUUAACAGUAAAGCCGAGCGGACGUCUCGCGGUUUGAGUCGUGAUGUGGUAGGAGUGAAUUCCUUGCUUUUUUUUUUUCUGAAACUGGAUAAAUGUGAAACCACAUUUCAUUUUUUUGCAUUUCUGUGAGAGAAGAUCAGAACGGAAUCACGACGACAAAGUGAAGAAUGUUUUAAUUUCAGAGUUUCAGAGACGGAACAUGUUGGGUUAAUGUCACGUAGUGAGCUUUAUUUAGAGCGGUUAACCUGAGGUAGUUGCUUUUGUGUACAUAUUUUAUGUAUGAAUUUUAAUGAUUUGUAUGACUGCUUUGCUUCUCCUGGCUUUAAUUUGAGAUGUAAAAAAAAAAUAAAGAAUUGAAAUGGUCUAGAAAAAAAUCAGCAGAGAAAAAAAGAAAAGAAAAGAGAAAAAACGAGAGCACUGCUGUGU